UAACCAUCAACGAAGAGAUGGAAGACGACGACAUCGACGCCCGGGAGAUGCAGAGACGCGCGCUGGAAGAAGCCUUUGGAGAAUCCUCGGACAGCGGCGGCGACAACGACGACGAAUUCGAAUCCUCCUCCUCCUCCCGAUUCUCCCUCCUCCACUGCUUGAAGCAGGGGGAUGGAGUCCCCCUUAGUUGGGAGAUGGUCGACGGAGUCAAGGGUUUGUGGCUCUGCCGAGGCUUCCUCUGCUCGGCUCAGCAGUCCUCUUUGCUAUCGGCGAUCCGACGAGAGGGGUGGUUCGAUGGAGGUUGUCACAAUCAGGCUAUGAGAUUUGGGGAUCUUCCAGGAUGGGCAGUUGAAAUUUCCGGAUUAGUUCGUGAGGCAGUGUGGUCUGGUGACACAUCUUCAGGAGAAGGCAAGGAAUCAAGUCUUGGAAAUCAUCACCAAGAAGCUUGUUGGCCAUUGCCGCUGGAUUUGCUUUGGAGGGAACCCCUUUUUGAUCAACUAAUUGUCAAUGUCUACAACCCAGGUGAGGGAAUUUGUGCACAUGUGGACCUCAUGCGUUUUGACGAUGGAAUCGCGAUAAUCUCAUUAGAAUCUGCAUGUGUGAUGCAUUUCACACGGUCCAAACAAGAGGAAGGUAACAAUGAAGGACAAGGCGAAGAGGGUUCCUUGUUGAGGGUCCCCGUUUUCUUGAGCCCAGGAUCAUUGGUUCUUAUGUCAGGGGAAGCACGGUAUCUCUGGAAGCAUGAAAUAAACCGGAAACAGGGGUUUCAGUUGUGGGAAGGAGAAGAAAUACAUCAACAGAGAAGGACUUCUGUGACUCUGAGGAACCUCUGCAGAUCACCCAAUGAAAACGUGAAAGCUGACUGAAGAAGCCAGUGAUUCUUCCAAAAACAAGAAGAGAGGGCCCCUAUGACUUGAAGAACUGAUCCAAAUAGAGCCCAGUUUUGCAAUGACAGGUAUGUUUUAUGGUAAGCAUAGAUUGCUUUUCAACCAUACAAAAGAUGAAUGGAUUGUCCAAUUAAAUUGAGAACAUUUUGAACAUGAUCAGUUUUAAUCACUGUUCUUCACUAGGGCUUUGCAAUUUGUUCUUUCUCUCUGUUAGUAGCAUAAAGUUGAAUCAAUGCCUGUCCUUUUGCCAGAUUGGGUUUGAAGCAAUGGUUGUCUUACAGAAAAUGCACUUGGCAAAGUCAAUUUAGCAGUAACUGCUGGUGUUAGGUUAUUUAUUCUCUGAAUACAGUCCUCACUGUAACAAUAUUAUUGCCUCCAUUCCUCACUGCUGCAUCUCCAUUUAAUCUUCUCAGUUAUUUCUACACCUAUGAGGAUUGUUAGAGCACAACCCCUAUUCUCCUAUUUGGUACUGGAAAUUCAGAUCAAAAUGUUCACCUGUCAAUCAAAGAUGUUGUCUAAUGUAUCCAUUGUUCCGACUCCAAUGAUCUUUGAGCUUUCAUGAUUUACUCCAUGUUGGGAAAUCAAAUCAUGUAAACCUUCAAACCAUCACUUCUCUUUAGUAGUAUAUAAUGAUUUCAUUUCUAGUUGAA